AUGGGACCUCAACGGGAUUCAGAGAAGCCGCACAAAGUGACAGCGUAUCGGGAACUUGGGCAAGGCAUCAGAACAUUCCACGAAGAUCCAUACGCGGAGGUGGAUAUCCUUGCCGUACCAGGACUUGGCGCAAAUCCAGAAGAGUGCUGGACCUGGAAUGCGCUGUCAAGCGGUAAGCAAGCACGACAGACCAAGUCGAAUGUGGUGCCAGACCCGGCCGAUGGAAACAAUGCUCGACAGUCUUUCAACUGGAUACGAGAUGAGAGCGGCCUACGCUCUCUUUUCCCCAAGUCCCGGAUUCUGCUCUGUGACUACGCUUCGGCAUGGAGAGGGAGAUUCAAAGUGCGAGCAACCAUGAAGAGUAUCUGUACUGCACUCCUCGAUGAUCUGGUGGAGAAGCGGAAGGAUGGCGCAAAAAGCACUCGACCACUGAUCAUCAUUGGACACAGUAUGGGUCGUGUCGUUGUGGCGAAGUACGAAGCCAUCGCAACUUGCACCAUGGGCUGCCUGUUCUUCGAAGUUCCGUUUCGAGGCACAGAGAUGGCGCGGAUCGCGUUGAUGUACAGCUCCGUCUUUGGCAGCGAUGCUUACGAGGCUCUGCUCACCUUCAUGAAGGCAGAGAAGAAUGACGUCCUCGAGGAGGUGAGAGAAGAUUUCGUGGAGUUCUGCAACAAGCUUAUACCAGCCAUCGAGGUAUACUGCUUCUGGGAGCAGGUGAGCUCCGACGUUGCCUACUCGACAGACAUAGCCCAGAAGCUCGGCAAGUUGGGGCAGCACAAAUACUUCGCUACUGGCGCUCGCGCUGUAACAAAUGUCACCUUGCGAAAGUUGGGUGCCGGCACGCAUGUAGUGUCAAAAGAAUCUGCCGAGAUCGAUGGCGCGCACAGUGUCAGCCUCGCCGCCACCCAUCGAGAUCUCAUCCGCUUCGAAAGCGUGACUUCGGAGAAUGUCGGAGCCGGCUUUGGCAAGACCAACGCCAGUCUUGCUGCCAUACAACAGAUCAGCAAGUCCAACAGCAGCGAGGUACAGGCCACGCUCGAUCGGGGCUCGAGAGGUGACUUCUUGGGAUUCUUUCUCUGCGAGAGACCACCCGGCUUUUGUACCGCGGAGGACGACCUGAAGUCUUUGAUAACACAACUUGUCAACCAGGAAGAAUCCUUGGCACAGCAUGGCAAGUGGUUUGUGUCGAGCCAACGAUAUCGAAAUGCAACCUCAGCUAGCGAGACAUUCAUGAUACUUACGCAGGACGAAGAAAUCAGAUUGAAGAUUGAACAACUCCUGCAAGUUAUGACUAUCGUUUACGAGCCACCGACACUGUGCGAACUUUCUGUUCUCAUGGCUGUCGAAGACCUUCACGAGCUAGCUGCUCUAGUCAAAAGAUGUUCGCCUGUCCUCCGAUUCGCAGACACUAGCGCUGAAAAGGACAAGGUAGCCUUCGGUCACACUGCCUUCAGGGAAAGACUUUUCGUCGAAGCAGAUGGGCACGAAGGCUCGAUGAGCCCGAGGAUUCGUGAGUACCAUGGAAGGAUGGCACUAUUGUGUUUCGAGUACAUACAGACUCGUUACGGAUCAUCAGAUUUGGAAGAAGGACCAGAAGCAGCACCGCAUCGGCGUCCGGCCAUGACAACUCGCGCCACCGAUGAUGCCAGUGUGCUUGUGGUCACGAACGAGGAUGAUGAGUUCGACGAUGGAGACGAAGGUUCACUGCUGACCUCCUCACACGCUUGCUCGUACCCUAUCAAGUACCUCAUUCGACAUCUGGGUGAAGGCUCGCCCGACGCCGCCCAGACACUCUGCGAAGACGAUCCUGAUUUCUGGGGGUUCCGAAGCAGCCUUCGAGAUACAUGGCUGACUGACUUCCGGACGCUGACUACUGAUCUCAAGGAUAUCGACACCAGCGGUAUGUCUGCGUUACACAUCGCCGCCGGCAUAGGUGCGAAUGAAUUGGUCUCAAUGCUCGUCGAUCGUAAUGGUGCAACCGCACUAGCUUGGACGAAUCCCCAAGGACUGACCGCGCUCCACGUCGCGGCAUUGAAUGAUCGAGCCAGUGUCGUUGAGGCGCUUAUCAGAGCUGGUGCAGACAUUGAAGCCGGCGAUGGGUCAGCAGGAACUCCACUCCACAUGGCGGCGCUGCACGGCCGAGUCCACACGGUCGGGAUGCUCAUUGCUAGAGGCGCAAACAUCAAUGCAUUUGGCCACGAUGUUGGUCCAGUGAUCAAUGCCGCUAUCCUGUCCGGAUGCUUUGAAACCGUGAAGCACGUUAUGAGCGCAGACGUGCACUUCGUCGUGGACUGCGUUACCUGCCCGCCUCCGCUAUCGCUUUCUGCUGGGAGGUCCGAGCCGAGCCUAUUUCGGGACAUCCUUGAGACGGGCAAGGAGAAGUGGCUCCAGAAUGGCAAGCUGCUUGACCAGGCCAUCAUCGCAGCUUCCGCUGGUGGACCGCUUGAGAGUAUCCGAAUCCUUCUCAAAUUUGCGCACGCCUACACGAGCACUAUGCUGCAAACAGCCAUACUAUCCGCUGCGGUGGAGAACAAGUGGGUGGUGACACGCGAACUUCUUGGUUAUGUCAUCAAUGACAACGUCAAUGGUGCGUGGCGAGAGACCGAACUCGAGGAUACAUUCUAUCUGGCUGCUGUGAGUCGUGAGGAGCAGUUAGACGUGCUGGGACAGAUCUGGCACCUCACUCAACAUGAUACAUCGCAAGGCACGAAAGACUAUGCGGCGUACCAAGCGACAGCACUUCGUAAAACGAGGACUGUGACCUGGCUACUGGAGGUUUGUAGUGCCAGCCCAAAUGCUUCAUCCAGUCGACCAAGCACUAUCGUUUCGCAAAAGUCAAGCUCUAUAUCUGGCAGAAACUACAUCACAAUUCUCAACGCGGCGGCAGGAAGUGGCAACCUCAUCCUGGCAGAAAAUCUCAUCCGGCGAGGUGCCAAAAUGGACGGCGCCUCCAACUAUGCACUACAAUUGGCUGCUCGCAGUGGAUAUAUUGACGUUGUCAACAUGCUGCUCGACCACUAUGCGGCCAUAGACAGAAAAGUACCUGACAGCGAUGACCUCAACUUCUCCAGCGGCACUGCCCUCCAAGCCGCCUGCGAGUACGGCCGCUUAGAGGUCGUGGAUACCCUACUCAGACGAGGCGCAGAUUCCAAUCUGAGUGGUCGCAUACUGAGCAGGCCCCUCGUCGUUGUUACUCAGGAUGCCAAGUUGGAAAUCUUGAAGCUUCUGCUUGCAGCUCCUGGGACAGAACCGAACGUACACGGCGGUGAAAGCCAGGGUACACCAUUGAUAUUCGCUGCUGCCAACAUGUCGGUUGAGGCUGUGAGACUGCUGCUGCAGAAGGGAGCUGACAUCAAUGCCAAAGACAACUUGGGCGAUACAGCACUAAUAAUGGCAGCGUGGAAAGGAGACCGAGAGUGCGUCGAACACCUCUGCGAUCAAGGUGCAGACGUUACAUAUCGGAGUCCUCAUCGCGGUCUGGCGUCUCAAGUGGCAGCAAACGAGCAUCACGCAGACUGCGAAAACGUGCUGGCAGCAAGAAUGGGUGACACUAUCGACUACCGAAAUGGAGCCAUCCAUUCCCAGGCGACGUUGAAGAAGCGCGAUGCAGAAAUUGAAACUCUCAUGGCUCGUCUGGCUGAAGCACACGAAGAGCGGGUUCUUGCCAAGCGUGGUGUCGAAUUUCACAAGCACGAGAAAGAGACACUCAUGUCGGAGAGCGACUUUCACGGCGAGGCAUAUGCUUCUAUGGAGCAUCAGCUGCGGGAUGCACAGAAUGAGCGCACGGCACUAUCCAACCAAGUCAGGGCUGCUAGGGGCCAAGCCAACCUUGCUAACGGCUCUGUUGUCAAGCUCCGUGCUUUGUUGACCGAACAGCGUGAGACCAAUGACGCAUUGAGGCAACGCACUGGUUAUACUGCGCGACUGGAGGAGAAGACGACUGCACUGGCACUGGUGUCCGAGUUGAGCACUGCGGCGAGCAAGCAAGCAGAAGCCGCGCAGAUAGAGCGUAGCAAGCUGGAGGAGCAAGUCCAAAUGGUCCUUGCAAGGUGCCAACAGCAGGACACCGACAAGGACCAUGCGGAUAUGAACAUGAAACCUCUGAUACUGGAGUUGGAGGUGGAAUGA